AGAAUGGCUAAAUUCUGAAAUUAGGUAAAGAAUGGAAAAGGGGCAAAUUAGACAUUUUACAUCACCAGAUUGGAUCUGGAAUUGCUUCUGUUCUUCUAUGCAUAUGGGUCUGGUCUUCUCCGUUAAUCAACCUCGUUUUUUCGAUAUGGAAGGAGGACGCUAGGUUGGGCUGCCGGAGUAUUGGUCGCUACUGUUGCUUGCCGGAGAUGGGCGUCUGGCUGGCUGGCGCUGGAAGCUCGCCGAAGAGGACGGAGGAGGAAGACGCUAGGGAGCUUGAUUGACGUCGUUAAUUGGAGAUGAGGGUGUAAAUUAAUUACCUUUAAAAACAUUAAAAGUAAAUAGUGCACCUAAUAUUUUAAAAUGAGACUGUAAAUUUUAGAGAAAUGAGGCUAAAUAAAUAAAGCAAGGCACGCCGGGCAACGAAACCCUAGAGAGACAAAGCCUCUUCCCAUUCCGCAGCUCUUUUUAUUGAGACCGACAACCAGACAAGCUGCGCCGCACAUCCCAGCAGCAUGCAGCCGGAGAACACGCCGCCGGAACCCUUUGACUGGUACGCAGAUAACGGCCAGUUCUCGUUCCUAGACUGCCCCGGCGGAAGCUACGUCGUCCCAGUCCCAGCAUCAGCGGCCGCCGCCGCAGGAAUAAGUAGCAUUACUCACAACAAAGGCGACAGUUUUGCCGGGAGCAGCCUUGCGGCGGCUCUCUUCCCGGAACCGGACAGCACCCCGGAAGCGCGGGCUCUGGAGGCAUCCAGGAACCACAGGGAAGCGGAGAGAAGACGGAGGCAGAGAAUAAACUCUCACCUCGAUUCUCUCCGAGCCCUUCUUCCCUGCAAUUCUAGGACAGACAAGGCUUCGUUACUAGCAAAAGUUGUUUCCCGUCUGAGGGAGCUUAAAGAAGAGGCGUCUCAAUUCACCCAAACCCCCCUUCUCCCGUCGGAGAGCGACGAGAUAACACUCUCCUGCGAUCCCGAUGGCGGUGGCGAAACCGACGGAAGACGGCUGAUGAUAAAGGCAUCCCUUUGCUGCGAAGACCGGCGGGACCUCAUCCCGGACCUGAUCCACACCCUCAAAUCUCUCCGGCUAAGCCCCCUGAGGGCCGAGAUGGUGACCCUCGGGGGGCGGAUCAGAAACGUUUUCGUUCUGGCCGGAGAUUUGAAGGAUCACAGUUGUGCCGAUGAGUCCAUGUUGUUUCUCCGAAAUGCAUUAAGAUCGGUUGUGGAAUCUGCCGGUGGAUGUGAAGCUGCCCCUAAAAGGCCAAGAAUGUUUAAUGAUACUCCCAUGUAAUAGUCCAUCUUACCUUUUUCCUGAAUUUUUGUUGCUUUAAUAUAUCACUGGCCUGGAUUCUAUCCUCUCCCAUUCCAUUCCGCUUUUCCAACUAACUCAAAUCAAAUUUUCUGGUUCUUGAAUCUUGACAGACACGCCUUCUGCCUUUUCUUCUUCAUAUACCCAUUUUUCUUCUUUGGUUCUGAUCAAAGUUCCAGUCUUUCUUCACUUUACAUGCUCAAGAAUCCUGCUUUAGUUUGUUUCUUCACUCCCUGAUCUUUGGGAAGUUGUAAUUUUUGGUCCUUCUGAUCCAAUGGGAGUCUGCCAUGGGAAACCAUUUGAACCUCCACACAGAUUCUGUGAAGACUCAACAAUUCCCAGGGAGAAAGAUAAUGCAUUGAGUGGUACUCAUUCUGGGAAAACUCCAAAGUUCCCAUUUUACACUCCCAGUCCACUGUCCGGUGCAUUCAAGAAUUCACC